CUUGGCUGGCCAGAGUCCGAGUCUUUACAGCAGUGUCUUAGCUCCUGCACUACAGUUCCUCGCUGUCCACCCCCGGCUUCCGGACUGGAAGAACAGGGACUGAGGAUAAAAGAAGCCUGGUGAGGCCAGGAGUCACUGCCUGCAGAAGCCCAGCCCGACUUUCCCUGCGCACUGGGAUCCUGCUUGAACCUCUGCUGCAACAUGAGCUCCGCAGCCAGGUCCCGCGCCACCCACCCGGAGAUGCUGUUCCUGGCGUUGCUGCUCCUGCCAGUUGUGGUCGCCUUCGCCAGCGCUGAAACUGAAGAAGAUGGGGACCUGCAGUGCGUGUGUGUGAAGACCACCUCCCAGGUCUGUCCCAGGCACAUCACCAGCCUGGAGGUGAUCAAGGCCGGACCCCACUGCCCCACUGCGCAACUGAUAGCCACGCUGAAGAAUGGAAGGAAAAUUUGCUUGGACCUGCAAGCCCCGCUGUACAAGAAAAUAAUUAAGAAACGUUUGGAGCGUUAGCUACUAGCUGCCUAAAUGUGCGCUUUCAAUCCAACUGUGAAAGAACCUUCUGAUGUUUGUAUUAUCCUUCUUAUAUUAACAAAGUAAAUCAAGUUGUGGUAUAGUCAAUCUAUUUCUUAACAAUACUGCAAAAAUAAUGCUGACACAUCACAAUUUCAUAUUUUAAAAUUUCCAGAAUUUUAAGGCAAAAAGCAUUAUGAAGGAAAACUUGGCUUAAUAAAGACUGAUUUUGUUCAGUGUUAUAUGUUAGCUGAUACAUAUUUGUUCAUUUAUAUGAUUGCAGUACUUUAUAGCUACAUAUUUACCUUGAAUGUUAAAAUUAACUUGCCAAUAAAUAUUAGUAGCUCUUAAGCAUUAC